AUUAUCCAACACAUAUGGGUGCUCAGCACAAGACUGCAACCUAAGAGAGUUGACUCACAUGGAGGAGGAUGUUGUCGUCGCUGCCUGCGUCGGCGCUCUUGGACUGUUUGGAAAUUCAUUAUUGCAGUUACUUGCAAUCUGGGUGCUGGCAAAGCGAGCCGGGGGUCUAAAUUUGGUUUUGCCUGCGACCUGGGCGCGCAAGUAUCGUCGCUAUUUCCCGAGUCUAGAGGAGCUAUGUGAGGACAGCGAUGACAAUUGCUACUCACGGCCGCUGGUCGCCGACAGGGUAGUCCUGUCGCAUCCCGGCUGGAGGGCAUGGGCAUUGCGGCACCCAACGGGGCAGCAGCUGGCAGCCGCUCUACAGCGCAGCGCCCAAGCAGUCGGCGCCGUCCCACAGCGGCGUGGCAGCCAAGGGCACCAACACCAACAGCAACGGUUGGACAUGGGCCGCAAUUGCAUUGAAACCGGUUAUAUGCAGCAGGCCCCAACAUCAACAUGUAAAAUAGACGCCACAGCUACAAUUAAUCCUGCACGCGCAGCCGGGCGCGUGUCUAGGCCAACACGGCCCCGGCAAUGCAAGCCCGAGGCCACAGCGCCCUCAGCCGAUGCGCUUGCGUCCGCGGGGGCAACGCGAAGAGACAGCGAAGCGGGAGUUCCUUCAAACCCCGAAUCGGACUUGGAUUGUCAGCUCAUCCAGAAUUGGAGUCUGGCGGGGCACUCAGGCGACACGCCGGCGCUCUCUGGCCGCCAGAUGAGGGCUCACUUCCCGCAGGUGUGUGGAGCCGACAUCAACGAUGCUGACCCGGAUCAGCUGCGCCAGCGUCUGCGCGGCAAGGGCCUAUGGGGCUGGUUCCAGUUCCCAACAAAUGUCCUACGGCCUCACCAGGCUGAACUGACAGGGCUUCUGGAGCUACGCCAUGAGCUGAGGGAGCAGCUGGAUGAGGCGCUGGAUGCAGUGCUGGACGGCUGCAGCGAUGGCGGCGGCAGCGGUGGCAAGCACAGCCACAACUGCGAUGGGAGCAGAAGUGGCACAUUGUGCUCAGUCGUCGGGCCUGUGAACGGAGUGGGGGGAGUGGAGGGAAGAGGAGCCGGCCCCAGUUGCGGUGGAGCACCACCCAGUAUUGAGGAUUGCAUGGCUGGCGCGCAACCAGCAGCACCCGACUCGGCGGCGCCCACACGGCUCGCCGCACGUCCGCGGCUGGUGGUGCUGCACAUACGCCGCGGAGAUUUCCGACCAUUGCUGCAGGAGCAGCAGCACCAGCCGCACCAGCCUGAGCCGCCCCAGGCUGCACGCUUCGCCAAAACGCCACCGACGCCUCCAGAUGCGGCCCAUGGCGGUGAGGGGCCAGAGAGCUCCACCGCCAAGCCAUCCGCCUCAGGGGCAUCCGCAGUGGCUGGUGCCGGGGCGACUGCCACCAAGAGGCAUCUGCGCGACUCGCCGCCCUUCGAGACGGACGGCCAGCAGGGCGGCGCAUGGACUGACAAGAGUGGCGUGGACUUCCGUGUGCCGCUGGACUGGUACGGGGACGCGCUGCGGGCCCUGCCCCUGGACCCAGGCGGCCGCGACGUGCUGUGGGUGUGCAGUGACGACAGCCAGCUGGCUCUGAGCCGCCAGGUCUGUGGCUACCAGGCAACCAGUUGGCCGGCAGCAGUGGCAGCUGCAGCAGCAGGAGCAGCGGCAGCUGCAGCCGAGCCGCAGGCGGCACAGGCCGGAGAGCCCUCGCAGCUGCCACCGGCCUGGUGCCGGCUGGUCAGUGACCACGCCAUGAUUGCGGACUGGUUCGUGAUGCAGCGGGCGGACGUGCUGCUCACCUCAAACUCCACCUUCAGUUUCACCGCGGCCAUGCUCAGCCGGCCGCGCGGCAGCGGCCAUGCCACGACCGCGGCCGAGGAUUCCACGAGUGGGCCGGGCCGGGCACUGCUGCUCCGGCCCGAUCCCGUGCUGGCUGCAUUCCGGCCCUUCGACCCCUGGGGCGAGCUUCCCCUCCUGCCAUCCACACCCGUGUCGGGCAACCACACUGUCCGGAGGCAGCAACAGCAGCAACAUCUGCGGAUUCAGGUGCAGCUACGAGAGUAGCAGAAGGCUGCCGCUACAGCAGGUGCAGCAGGCACGGCAGCAGGCGAAAGCGGGGCGUAUGUAGUGCCAGCGGCGGGUUGGCGACUGGGCCGGGUCGCACAGUUUUGCAUACGAUGUGUUGAAGUUUGGAUAAAAUGAUGCAUGCUAGCCCUCAGACUAUAGUGCACACACUGUGAGUAGGUUGCCGACACACGCCAGGCCUUUUGGGAAGAUCGCCCAGGCCGGAGGGGGAACGGGGCAUGCACGCAUUGGGCACGGUGUACCGCCUAAAUCGCUGCCGCUUUUCGUGUAGUUGUGCUUUAAUU